AUGGAGCUUGUCAAGGAGGAGAGAUAUGACACCAAGAAUCAGAAGAUUGCACUAUUUGCUAGGCCUGAGAGGCAAUAUUUCGAAAUUUAUUUGGUUCCUGCACUGGGAGCACAAAUUAAUCCCAGGAUUUCACUUGACCGUCGAACAAUAUCUGUUGCUAUCCGUUUUUUGAAGGCAAAGACUCCUGAGCAAAGGGCUGCAGUUGACUUGGACACCCACUACACAAAGGAAUAUCUUGAUGAGUAUGUUGGGUCUAGCACAAGAAGAGCAAUUCUGCAUGAUAUCAUUGCUCAAAUAUAUUAUGCAAGGAGGCUUGCAGAGAAGUUGCAGCCCGUUGCUAGAAUGGUUGAUCUCCACGGUGGGCAUCUAGUGAGUCAUGAGAGGACCAAAGAGGUCAAUCAAGCUCUUCAUGAACUGAUUAAUGCAUCGGAAACAAAGAUGAGCCCUCAUGAUUGGACUAAUUUGCCCAAAAAAGCCUCUCGGUGGUCAGAAAAAGGAUCAUUAUUAGGUAAAACAAUUGCAGAGAGUAAAAACGAUGCCAGUUCAACGAUUUGCAUAGCCGAAAAGCUGCAUCUGAGCAUAUCAUAUGUCUUUGGUCUCUUUAUGUUCAUGUUUGAGUAUAUACGAAGGGCUAUAAGAAGUCUGCACACAGCCAGAGUUGGAACUUCCCUCACAUAA